ACAGUUUUAUUUUCACUGCCCAUCUUGAAAAGCAAGAGUUCGCUUGCUGCCGCUGCUGCCGCCGUUGUUGUUGUUGUUGUUGUUGCUGCUGGUGUUCACAAGAAGAAAACUUUUCGGCCAGAACAGCCCAUAGACAGGUGUGUGUUAGUGUGUGUACAAACGUUGUUGUUGUUUUAUUGUGAUCACAAAGUGUGUGCGCGAGUGAACAGUUGUAGUUGUGUAGUGCGGAAAAGGCAAACUUUACAACUUUGCAGCACGGGGGCGAGCAAAGAAAAAAAAAAGCACCACAACAACAUCACUAGAGACAGCACACAGCAAGAGAGAGAGAGAGAGAGUAUGUGUGUGAGAGAAAGAGAGAAGGACACAAAGUGAGCAAAAGUCAGCACGGUGUAACACGAAGCACCCACUAAGCACGCGGACAGCGAUCGGCAUCAUCCUCUACCACCAUCCCUCCCACCCACAACAACAACCAACGAUACAACGGAGGGGGUGGGUGAAAGGCAGAAGUGAAAAAAAAACAUUAGAUCGCAAUCGCGCGCGCGAUCAUCACUCGUGUGCACAACGACGCAGCAGCGUCAAAGGGCUGGUUGUUGGUUGCAGGCGCGGCGCCACCAUCAACAACAAACCCCACACAUAUGCUCCGAUAAUAUGCGCAGUGGAGCAGCGCAGACCGGUAGGCGGCAACAGUGUAGCGGAUAGAGAGAGAAAGAGACAGUAGCAGCAGCAGAACACACCAGAGAGACAGACCGGACGAAGAGCAGCAGCAGCAGCAGCAGCAGCGCAAAUACGCCGUUUUGCUGCAGCAAAUCAAAAACAGCGCGAAUCGAUCGAGUGUAGUGUGUGUGUGUGUGUGUGGGGCAAUAAAUAGCAGUGAGUGAGGCCGCCCAAAGGUUAGCGAAUUUGGAGCGCAACGACCAAAGCACGUGAAACUGUGAUCCGCACCGCCUAGUGGCGCCGCACCGUUCGAUUGUCGUCACCCUCGCCCGGUUGGCUGCGUCGUGUGUGUGUGCCAUGCACUGAAGCUGUGAAGCAAACGGCGGGUCUAUUUCACACGCAGCAUAGCGGUAGGAACGAACCACCAGGACAUUACACUACGAACGCGCUUUGAGGCUUUGUGUUUCGGUGUGAGUGUGGCCCUUGUUGCUGGCAAAGCGGGAAUGCUAAGCUAAAAGGAUCGACCGGAUUACAUAUUGCAAAACGCGUUGGCCAAGCUCGAGGAAACGAAUGCGGUGGUGCGGCUUGGCACGGGUACCGCUGGCAGGCGUGGUGAAACGCGCGUGGAGGCAGGAGCAACCGGUGGCGAGGCUGUCGGAGGGGUGCGGCCGGCGGUUGACCGGUGAGCAGGCGGCGGGACGAUUGUUGCAAUAGGGUUGCGGGUGGAUUGCAUCGGCAAACCCGGCACCAUGAUGUUCGUAUUUCACGUGGAUCAAGGUCGCAUGCUGACCUUUAAGAUGGAGUGCAUGUUUGAGGACAUCCGGCGGUUGAAGGAGCUGAUCGAGCGGAACCAUGCGAUACCGGCCAGGAGCAUCGUGCUGCUGGUGAGCGGUGGCGAGCUGCUGGAGGACGAAAGUCGCGCCUGCCACUACGCCACCGGUACCGACACGAACCCGAUCUACAUGUUCUGCAAAACCGUCGGCGAGUCACCGCUGCUGUCGCCUGGACCGAUUAAAGAGACUGAGGUUGAUCUGGACGGUUUGGUGCGGAAAAGUCUGGAGCUUCCAGUGACGUUCGCGGGGAUGGCGGCCCGGGCCCAGCUCGCCCAGCGGAUCUACGAGAUGGGGCGGGAGGAGCUGCGGCGGUGCGAAUCGCUCAUCCACGAGCAGCACCUGCAGCAGCAGGGCUGGGCAGCGGUGGUCGCCAACAUGGAGGACACGAUCAAGGAGUUCCAGGAGCGGUGCGAAUAUUUCAACCGCUACUACGAGGAGCAGCUGCGGAUGUACGAGGAGCAGAUGGAUAUUUUGCACAGUUUUGACAAAAGCCUACAACAGCUGGCAGACAUUCCAAUCCUUUCGUCGCUGAUGGAAAAUGCCGAAUCACGCCCGUACGGUGUGUUCGACGAGGUGUUUAACCCGAGCAGAGCGGGCAGCAACACCGACCAGCAGUCCUCCUCUGCAGCGGGCGGUAGUGCUGGUGGCGGUGGUGGUGGUUCGGGAGGUGUGAUCGUAUCGACGAGCGGUGGCGGGCCGCCGCCAGACAUCGAGGGAAAACCGGACGGUGACACAGUGACGGAGGAGGGGCAAAAAGUGGAAGCCACUGGCAGCGGUACAGAGCUGGCAACGGUGGAGGACGGUGGUGGUGAAGUCGCACUGACGGAGGGCGAACGGGCGAAAGGCAUCUCGCUGCUCGACUGGAUCUCGGCGAUGGAGGGUCAGCUGACGCUGAAGCGCAUGGCCGAGGAGUGUCGCAUCAACAUCGAAAAGUUCAACCGCAACCUGCUGGUCAACCUGAACGAUCGCAUCGAGAAAGCGGUGAAAGCGUCGCAAAAUGUUGAUAUUAAGGUAGUGAAGGGAUUGGAGGAACGAUUGCGCGGGCUAGACGAGCUGCUGGCGAAGGCGAAAAAGCAGCUCGGCGACCAGAACGGGCUGGCGGAGGGUAUCGCGAAGAACCAGCAGUCGGCGAGCAAAAUCAACGACGCGUCGGUGCUUCCCCAGCUGUGCGUGUCGCACCAGAACACGCUGCAACUCAUGAAGAAGAACCAUGCCGAUCUGCUCGAAUACAAGCGCCGCUGUACGGUGGCGAAGGAGGAGCUCGGCCUAAAUCUAACGAAAAGGAUCAAGUAUAUUAUGAACGUGGAGACGAGGGUGCACGAGCUGGACAGUACGCUGCAGCUGUACCACACGUCGCUGCAGCGUCUGCAGAAGCAUCUGAGCAUCAUCGAGCAGAUUCAUAUGGUGCCGUGCAUCUACGUGAGCGCCGUAACCGAGGUGGUCCGUCGGCGUAUGUUCUCUAGCGCGUUCUUAAGGUGGGCUUCCGAUUUGGCAUGCCGGCUGAUGGCGAUACACAACGAGGAGGUUGCAAGGCGGCAGGACUUUACCUCCAUCUUCGAAGGGCACUUCCUGAGCUCGCUCUUUCCGGGCAUGACCGAUAUGCCACCGUCCUACGCCAUCCAGGCACCAUCGGUGUUCGAUUCUAGUCUACCAGCGCUGGACAAGCAGGACCUGGAGGAGCUGUCCCGCUACCUGCCCGAACUGACGGAGAAAAUUCCGCUACCGAACAUAGCUUCUGUGAUAGAUUUUUUUCAAACUCGAUCGGUAGAGCAGCAGCAGCUGCAGCAGCAAGAUGACGGCAGUGGCACCGGAAAGGACGAUGCCUCGGUACGCAGCAAAGACGGCGCUACGUCCAGCAGUGACAAUGCGCCGGAACAGCAGUCGGGCGGGAAAGAGAGUGAUAAGGUCGGAGCAGAAUCGGAAACCGACACCGAGGAUUACGAGAAGGUUCAAAAUCAGAGUCCCGUCGGUGGCCGCUCGACGCAGGAGGACGCACCGGCGGCGGCGGUGGCGGUGGUAGAGACGUGCAGUGUGGCCACCUGCACCGAGCCGGUGGAGACGGUUUGUGCGGAAACGCUUACAGAGGAUAAUCUCGGCACCACGCGCCUGGAGGUGGAAAGGCUCAAGGGUUUGCUCAGCAGCGUGUACCAGCUGUCGCAGGACUCGAUUAUGAUGCUGCGCGACCAGCUGGCACGGGUGCGGGCGGAGGCGGAUAGCAACCGCACCCAGUUCCAGUCGGAGCUCGGUGCAAUGAACCGGGCGUGGAACGACAUCCAGCAGCUGGCGCGCAACCGCGAGCGGGAAACGAUCCAGCAGCUGACCGUCGACCACGAGCUGGAGAUGAACGAUCUGCGCAAAAGCAUCCACCACAAGGACGAUGAGAUACAGUCGCUCCGGUCGGACAACAGCACGAUGAAGGCGAGCCACAUCGAGACGGUGUCGAGCUACGAGCAGGAAAAGCGGGAGCUGAGCGACCAGAUCGCGCAGAUGCGCGAGGUGAUCCGCCGGCUGGAGGAGCAGCUGGCGAGCGCCGAGGUGGACCGCAGGAAAGCGAUCCAGGAAGCGAUCGAGCAGCUGGAGCACAAGCACCGGACGGAGAUGGAAUCGUUGCGGUGCCGGUUCAAGCUGAUGGCCACCAGCAUGGACCGGUCGCCGUCGGACACGAGCCUGGAGAAGAUCGAGAAGCCGGACAUGAUCGACAUUGGAACGCACGAGCAGCUGCUGGCGCAGGUCCGGCUCGACCUGCAGCGGGAGAAAGAGCAGGCGAUAAAGGCGGCCGUGGAGGAGGAGCGUCAACGGUGGGAAGCGAAUGCGAUCGGGGGCGGCAGCAGCAUCGUUGGCAGUGCGGGCAGUGCGGGCAACCAUCGAUUGCACCGAUCGUACGGUGCGGCCGGUUCGCCCGGCAGCGGCAGCCAGGACGUGUACAAGCGCAUCCUGGACGAGAAGGACCGGCAGCUGGAGGAGCUGCGCGAAAAGGAGGCGCAGCUGAUGCGCGAGGUGAUGCGCAUGCGGGAAACGAUCCAAUCGCUGACCGAUCCGGAACUGAGCCCGCUGAACGACCACAGCUGCCGGGAGCAGAUGGAGGCGCUCGAAACCGACCGGCAGCAGCUGGCGGACCGGCUGGACAAGCUGCACGACAACCUGCGAACGCUCGAGGAGGAGAAGAACGCACUGGCGUGCGAGGUGCGGAAGCACCGGAUGGAUACGGCGCAGCUGCUGACCUGCUCGGAUGGUGACACGGUGACGUACGUGUGGAAUCCGAAGAACUCGCAGUACAACAUUGUGCAGUCGGGCGAGUUUACCUACUACUUGCACGAAAGCAGCUACCAGGCGCUCGGGCUGCAACCGACCGUAAGGGGCGAGCAGCCGGAAACACUGUUCGGCUUCGGUACGGUCAUACAUAAGGAAUUUUGCCACGCGCGCCGGGACGACAACCGGUACGGUGUGCCGCAAGGUGCGUGCUUCUAUCGCGUCAAGCUAAAGCCGGUCAAUGUGUCGAAAAAGAAGAAAGGACGACCAUCGUCGAGCAGAGGCAGCGGAUUGUCCGCUGAGAUGGCCCCUGCCCCGCAGCAACCACCGACGGCCGUCGUGACGAUCGAAAUGCAGUCCAGCAGCAGCAGCAGGAGUGGCGGCGGCGGCGGCGGCACGUUACCGAUCACUACCAGCGCCGGUGGUGGCCAGCUGAUCGAUUCAUUCGCACAAACCGACCACCCGACACCGUCGUCCACGACUACGAGCAGCACGACCGGUGGCAUGGCGGACGGUAGCAAAUCGCCCACCGCCGCCAGCCGGGACAUGAUCGACUCGGGCGUGGUGGAGCAGCAGCGCAGCAGCUACCGUGAGCGCAACAUUAGCAUCACGGACGAGGAGGACGGGGUGGUGGGCAGCUUCGGGAUCGGGUCGACGGGCAGCAUCGAUCGCAUCCGCUACCAGAGCGUGUGCGAGGAGGACGACCCAGCGGACGGCGACGACGAUGACGACGGUGACCUGGCGGACAGUGCCGGCGGCGGUGGUGGUAGCAGUGCGACGGAUCACCAACAACCAUCGUCUUGCUACGCAAGCGCCACUGACACUACCAUCGUUGUCACACGCACGAACCAGCCGCCGCUGAUCCAACCCUCCAUUGCCGCCGACAGUGGUAACAACAGUGAGGCGUCCACUGCCAGCAGCACUCAUCCGCUAGCCACCAGCACCAACAACUCCACUGUCACCGCAACUAACAGCACCACCCAGCCGGUAGCCGGCCAGUCGCUGCUGUCGAUCGCGGACGAUGUUAGCGAUUCGGCCGACUCCGAGUACCGGUCGCUCGAGGCAAACGAUCAGGAGGACAGUGACAGUGCGGUGGCACCGCUGCCGCUCGCGGGGAGCGCGGGACGGGAGUGAGCUGUGAGCGCUGGCUAUGGAGAGAGAGAGGGCAUGAUGGGGUGUUAAAGUGUGCUAAAUGUGUUGCGGAUUUUAGGAGCUACUAGAGAGGAUAAACGGGAAAAAUAUGCCAUGGGAGUUGCGCUGUGCUCGUCUGUUUCGGUUUUGUGCACAAUCAAUAAGUUAAAAGGUUUUUUUUUGCAAAUUAGAGCUCCUAAGCAGCACAUCGUGUAAUGUAAUAAGCAAGUGUCAUUGUAACUGCUCACUAGGUUUUAUUGCUAACAUACUUAUAUGUGUGUUUGAUUGAUCGCAUGUGCUACAGAGAGAGAGAGAGAGAGAGUGCUUAUUUUGUUUAAAAAGGCUUUUUUGCAUAUUAUUUUGGGAACUUUAUAACGAAAUUAAAACGUUAAUCCAUCAUUUUGUGUUGUAACCUUUAAAAAAUCUAACCAUUAAUCGAAUAAGAAAUGUACAUUACACCUUAAUUCAUACAACACAGCCAUCACACUCUCCCUUCGGGGGCUGCCUUUUACAGAAAAAAAGCAAAACAAGCAAAAAGCAAUUCCAUUGCGAGCGAGAGGGAGAGGGAGUCAGAAGCGAUGCGUGAUAACCGAAUGUGAAGAGCAGUUCGGCGGAAUGGCCAGCUCUCUAGAGAAAAGCGCUGUAAAAUAUCUUCUGUAAGGGGUUUGUUCACAAAUUCACAGUCUCUUCUCUAUUUUGUUUUUUUUUUUUUUUGCAAUACCAAUAACAAUUCCUUCUUUAAUCAAACACAAACAAUCACGAUCGAAUAAGGGAGAAAAACAACGGAAGGAACAGUUUAAGAUUGGUACACCGGAAAGGUGGAAGCGCUCAGCUUCAGCAGGUUGGUGUGUGAGAAGUGUAAAUUGCUUAGAAAAAGGCAAGUAAGGGUGAGAUUGUUAUAAAAAUUAGUAUAAGAAGCUGAUAGAGAAAAAAAAUCAACAAAGAAAGAGAGAAAAACAAUAUAACAAAAGUAAAUAUCUUGGUAAACUGGUAUGAUAGAAUGUUUUUUGAUAAAAAAAACAGAAACAAACGAAUACAAUUAAUCGAACGGACAUGGAAGCAAAACAGUGUAAAGGGAAAGAGAGAAAACAAAGAAAUAAAACAAAAAACAGUACGGUUUAUUAGAAGGCACCAUAAUCAGAGCUAGUUGUUUAGUAAAUUUGAACCAUUACGCUUAUGUUGAAUGUGGCUGCAGGGGACCUGAUGAAGUGUGUACGUGAGUGUGAGCGUGCGGAAGAAGAAGAAGCAAACAAAACGGGCAAACGGAGGCUUGGAAGAGUUAUGCUGAGGAAAAUUAUAAACUUUUGUAUAGAAGAGUAGAGGAAAAACAGGCAAAGUGUGUGUGUGUUCAUGCAGAUGAUAUGCGCUCGUAUGUCUCGAGCCUGCCAAUAAGUAUGAGGAAAUGAUGCGAAACAGACAAGGCUGUAACAAAAACCACAACUGAUGUGUGCGUGUGCGCGCGCGAAACAAAAUGAUUGUAUGUACGGUAGUGCUUUGUAUAAGUGCAAGGGCGUGAAAAUAAGGGGGGGGGGGGAAAUGCUUGUUGAUUGCAAAAUUGUAAAUCAUGGAAACGGGAAUGAUUUUCCUACUCGCAAUUCUACUGUGUCACGAUGUAGCGUUUUACAUUACAACUUUGUCCUAAUGCCUACCCGUUUGCUCUAACUACACUAUUGAAUGAUGAAUGGAAGAGAGGAAGCAGAACUGCGCUACUACUGUUAGUUAUAAUGUAAUUUACAACUGCAUACGCUGUGUGCGCCUAUAAUACUACGCCUUCGUUUGCCGUGGACGUGAUACUAUGGAAAGGAUAUGAUACAUGGCGGGACGAAUGUAAAGAAAUGCAGUUGUUUCGUGCAACAACAAGAAACUAAUAGAUAAAAUAAAACACAGAAAAACUCAACGAUCAAA